GAACAUUAUUUAUAAAUGCAAUAGGGUUUGGAGGAAAGAUUUGUCAACUGACUGGAUACACCCCCACCCAAAUAGUUUCAACCUGCCACUUCCUUGUUUUUCAAAAGUUUAUUUUGAAAAAAAGUUGGGUGCGUUUUCGUCGUCCCCUUUUGCUGAAAUCCACCUGUUUAAUAGUCAGAGUCACUGUAUAAUUAUUAACAAUUAAUUCAACGCAUGAAGAGCUCUGAUGGUUCAUGACAGUAGCUAGCUCGCAGGCUGGCUCUUGGUUUUUGGAGGGGGACACACGGAGAGUUUGAUCGGGGCAGAAUGUUAUCGGCCACCGCUGCCAGCAUCGAGGAUUUCAGCCUCAGGUUUCCACUGCAUGCCCUGGUGUGGGAGAAUGACUACAGGAGGCUGGAAAAAGAGAUACAGACGAGUAACAUUGAAGAGGUGGAUCCCAGGGGCCGGACGCCUCUGCACCUGGCCGUCUCACUAGGACACUUGGAGUCGGUGAGAGUGCUGCUCAGACACGGCGCAGAUGUUUCCAAAGAGAACGACAAAAAUUGGACAGUGCUGCAGGAAGCAGUCAGCACAGGAGAUCCAGAGAUGGUGCAGCUGGUGCUCCAGCGACGAGAUUACCUUAAAGCCUCCACUGCGCUGGGCGGCGUUCCAGAGUUACUGUGCAAGAUCCGAGAGUCUCCAGAUUUCUACAUGGAGAUGAAGUGGGAGUUCACUAGCUGGAUUCCUCUCGUAUCACGUGUGUGUCCCAGCGACGUGUGCAGAAUCUGGAAGAGUGGGGCCUGUCUGAGGGUGGAUACCACCCUGCUGGGCUUUGAAAACAUGACCUGGAUCAGAGGAAGAAGAAGUUAUAUCUUUAGAGGAGAAGACAACUCCACUGAGCUGAUGGAAGUCAAUCACGAGGACGAGGUGGUGGACACCGAGCGCUUCGAUCUCUCCCGCGAGAUGGAGGACGUCACACUGGACUCCAUGCAGCCCGCCGUACAGGAAGUAGCCAAGAGGCUGACAACACCCAUUGUCAACACAUAUCUGGACACAAAGAACAUUGCAUUUGAGAGGUCUAAAUCUGGUAUCUGGGGUUGGAGGUCAGACAGAACAGAAGUAGUAAAUGGAUUUGAAUCCAAGGUUUUUUCGGUGAACAAUGUGAACGUUGUGAUUCGCACCAGGACGGAGCACCUCACAGACGAAGAGAAGGCCAGGAUAAAAAGUGAAAGGAAUGUUCUGGAGUCUUUACUCGGGACGGUAGAGCAACAGAUCGGUGCUCAAGGGGACAUGACUAUGGAGUAUGCCACUGCCACAAACCCCACAGCUAUUACUCCAGAGGAGUACUUUAACCCCAACUUUGACCUGCAGGGCAGAGACAUCGGUCGGCCCAUUGAGCUCACCAUCAGAACACAGAAGUUUAAAGGCACCCUGUGGAUGAGUGAAGAGCAUCCUCUGUCUCUGGUGGAGCAGGUCACUCCCAUCAUUGACCUGAUGGCUCGCACCAGCACUCACUUUGCCCGACUCAAGGACUUCAUCAACCUCAGGUUUCCCCCUGGCUUCCCAGUGAAGAUCGAAAUCCCUCUGUUCCAUGUGUUGAAUGCCCGGAUCACAUUUGGAAACGUCAACAAGUGCAGUACAGAUGAACCUUUGGAUUCCAACCAAUCAGCUUCUACACCCACACCUACAGAAGAGAAGUGUGACAGCCAGGCUUCAGGACCUGCUCUAUUCAAGGUGUGUCCAUCUGUGUUCGUGGCACCUUCGCACUAUCACCACAGAGGGGGCUACCGCCACUCCAACACACGCCAUUACACCCCGGCCAGUCAUGAUGAAGAGCUGCUCCAGUAUGCCAUUCACCAGAGUCUGCUCGAGUCCAGUGCACUCAAUUCACAGGACACUUGGAGUAAUUCUGAUGGACAGGCAACACAAUCCACGAUGAAUCGGUUGAGCGAUGGGUCUGGGUCUGAAGGAGUUUUAGUAGACCUUAGUGACACCACGCCCUCAAGCCCUGGCUCCGCCUCCACCCCUGACUCUGAGCUGCGAUUGGCUAUGGAGCUCUCGACCCGGGCACAGGAGGAGGAGGAAAGGAGAAGGAAGGAGGAAGAAGAGGAAUUACAGAGGAUUUUACAACUCUCCUUAACAGAAAAGUGACAGAGUAAGAUGAGGGAAGGAAAGAAAAAAGGGAGUUCCUGUUAUCGCCAUAAGCAUUAAACCUUUUUAUUUACUGUAUACCCUUCUUAUGAUUCAGUGCAGUUCUCUGUCUCCACUGACAUAUGACUACACAUUUUUACAUAUUACAACAUCCGAACGUUUCUGCUGCUUUAUCCUUAAACAGUAAGCAAACAUUUAGUUUCGUGAUCAUUCAUACAUUUGACUGCAUUUUCCCACUUUCUUUUCCUCCUUCAAAGAGGUGACCAUGCAUGUAUUUUACAGGAAAUCCAGUGCUGCUUUUUGAAGAUUACGUGGUAGAAAGGUUGUGACGUUCUGACAGUAAUGACUAGAUAAAGUUUUGCAUUAACAUUAGCUUUAGGUUUAUAUUAAUACUAUGUCUCAGGGUUAAACUGAUGUUCACCAGUUGUCGGUUUCUUAAACCAUUUUAUACGCAGCCAAGGAAAGUGAAAGAAAUGAAUGUUUUACACAAAGCAGUAGGACAGUACCAUUUUCAGCCCGUGUGCUUUUGUCAUUAGACAACUUCUGACUGAAGCAUCUCUACCGUAAAGGCAAUAAAUCACACCGCCGUGCCUCGCCGGAGUAAGAGGCACUCAUACAGACCGGGAUAUUUCUGAAAAGGCCUGUCCGAUGUAAGCCGAUACGCCUCAAGCUUUUAGUCUGCCUAAUUUGUAAAAUGAUACAAUAAAAUGCUUAGAUCGCCAUGAGUAUGUUGUAAUGCAAAGAAUGAAUGUGGCAGUACUGGGUCACUUUUCUGGCACCAACCAAACCUCAUGCUACACUAAAGGACUAGGGGAAUGUGUGACGAGAAAAGCAGCUGUUUUUGUCUGUGGGAAUGUGUGUGGUUGGACAGCAUUGUUUGCUGAAAGAGGUUCUGAUGUGAUAAAUGUGGAAGAACCUGCCCUGCUCUGUCUGGGAAUCUUUAGGGAAUCUCACGCUGUUCCUUCCUGUUGUAGCUACCAGUGCUAUUUAUUUUGUCAACGUGUUUUUUUUUUUUUUCUUGAUGUCUUGUCGACUUCUUUCUGUAAGUGUUUUUAAAGCCUUGUGAGGCUCAAAAGAUGUUUGAGUAUUGACUUACAGCUUGCAGUAUCUCUCUCACUACUUUUUGUGUGAAGCUUGAACCGAUUUUAACCAUAUCUUCUGCCACCUCAUUAUAUGUCAUAAAUGGACAUUUAUAUUGCUUUACUCUUCCUGUAGCGAACCAGAAUCUGAGGAUAGUGGCAGCCACAGUCUCGCAUUUAUAAUCGGGAUGUUUUAUAUUAACAGGACAUUGGUUUUAGUUUCCUGUAUUAAUUCUUUUGCUGCAUUUAAAUAACAGAUUAGAAUGAAUCCAAUGUUCUGGCUCUGGUUAUCCACAUAUCAUGAUUCCUGGACACAUUUCUAUUUCAUUCUUUAUUUAAAACCUAAUUUAACUUCUGGUAUUUGGGUAGAAGUCUUAACUCGAACUAAUUGCCAAAAUGUUUAAUGGUCUCUACCGGAUCAGGGUUAGUGUUGAUUCUUGGUGAAUUGUGAUGCUGCAAAAUGCAAGAGAAAGUAUCCUCUUUAAUAAGCAUGUUGAAGAAAUCCUGAAGGCAUUUGUAAACUGUGAUGUAUAUUUGACACACAUACACACACACACACAAAAAAAUGUUUUUACUUUAAUAAAAGCACUUUAUUGAC